UGUAUCAUCUCUAUAUAUAUAUAUAUUUAUAUAUAUACUUUGCUUGUCUAUGUGUUAGUUUAUAUCCAAUCAACAUGCUUCAAUGACCCAGGAACUUUAUAGUAAAUCAUAUCUUAUUGAUACUAAAAGCACAUUGAUACCAGAGAAACCUUCAGAUGGAUAUUUAAGCCCAACAGUUGGUGAUGAUUACGCCAUAGGAUAUGACAAGGAUGGCAAUAGAGUGGUGUCAUGUAUUGCAGACAUGAGUAAGCUGAAAUUUGAAACUCCUGACUGGAUAACUAAAGUUAAACCUUGCACCCAUGGGACUGUAACCCUGGAUGAUAAUGAUUUCCAUAUUAAUAAAGAUGAAUCUGGAUCAGCGGUAGAGAUCAAUAGUUUUCCUAUUUCUGAAGAAGCUUUUGCAAAAGCAAUGAAAGGAGAGGUGGUUGUUUUAUCAACAGAAGAGGGAGAAAAGGCUGAAUUUACCUUAACUAAUGGAGAUCUGACAUUGGACGGAAUACCAUUAACUUACAAAGAUGAUUAUGGAUAUUCACAAAAUGGAUAAUUGCCCAACUACAUCAUUGAUAAUUAAAAUUUUUCUCCUCAAUUGCUACAAUAAAGAUUUGUAACCUUUGUUAGGUAACUUGUGA